GCAGCAUAUCAAGUUUGUUCGAGAUUGUUCGAGAUUAUCCCAUCAUUAUUCUACGUAGAGAAAUAUAUUCGUAGGUUGAAGUAGAGUCUAUAUCUCAAUGUAAGAUGGCUAAUUUUUGAGUUUAGUUUACGUCCUGAUUUUGUGCAUCUCGACACGUUAGUGAGCAAAUGUUGUGUAAACUGAUUGUUUUUAUAAACCGACACUCCCGGUGGUGCUUCAUGAGAGUCGCCAGAAAAUAUAUGAACGCGCUAUGUCAUUAUCCAUCAUUAAUCGAGAUUGAUUGCAUACAUUUAAUCAAGGGUUUCAGUGCUUUUUUUCAAACUACUCUUGAUAGAGGAAAACUAACGUUUUAAUUAUAUUUCAACACAAUGGUUGAGAGUACUAAAUGCUGUGUCCUGCAAUGGGCUGAUCAUGCAAGGUACAUUACAGAAAAAUUUAGUGGGCUGUUGGCACGUCAGGCACUUGUUGAUGUAACACUCGUAUGUGAAGAACAAAAGCUACGUGUUCACAAACUGGUCCUAGCAUCAAAUAGUACAUACUUUGAGCAUUUGAAGAAACCAUGUUUGAUGGACAUACUUUUUACAACUUGUGAAGAACAUCUAUUGAAUAUAAAGGAGAUCCUACAACGAGAUUUGGGUCAGGAACCAGUUAUAUUUUUUAAAGAUCUAAACUUUGAAAUCUUGAAGGCCAUGGUUGAAUUCAUGUAUUGCGGAGAAACUACAAUUCCUUAUCAAUUGUUAUCACCUUUAUUAACUGCCACAAAAACUUUUAAGGUUAAAGAGUUGACAACUGUGGUUGAUGCCAUGAUGAGUUCCAAUGUAGGAAAUUUUGAAAUUAAUACAAAUAUGGACAAAAAAGUUACUGAAUCAGAGAUUAUAAAUAGUACAUGUAAUAAUACAGAUCAUAUAGAUGUACAGUGUGAUGAACUUGUUAAUGAUGAGUGCUUUGUACUUUGUAAUGAGAGCAACAGUGAUGUGAAUUCAAGUGAAAACCAAUCUUUAGAAGGUAAUACAACCAGCAAUCCUCCUGAACAAGAAUUAGAGCAUAUGUUAUAUGAGGAUUCACAAGAUUUUGAAACUGAUGCAGAACAAACUAAUACAUUAUUUUCGGUAGGAAAUUCUACAAAAUUAGUAGGAACUGAGAAUUCAAUCGUAUUAACAAAUGAUAAAACGAAAGAAGUAUCAAAUAGAUACUUGGAAAAUAGAAUGAUAAAUAGUGAUACAUUGUGUACAAAUAAUGAAUUAAAACCUUUAUUAUAUGAACAAUGCUGUGAUUUUUCAGAUAUUGAUGAGUGUGAAGAAAGUUCUAUGUCAUUGUCACAAUCUUGCCUUCAACAAAUUGAAGAAGACUUUGCACAAUAUAAGUUUGAAGGUACUGAUGUUCCUAGUAAAGUAGGAAAAUGUGUCAAAGUUUACACUCAUAAGAGACGAAAAUCUAUAGAUGACAUAAAAAAUAAGCUAACAGAUGUGAACAAUAUAAUUCAAAAUCCGCCAUCUACUGAUUGUAUAGAUUUAUUGGAUGAGCCGUCCACUAACGAUAUACCAGUUACACUUUUAACCUCAUUAGACAUGGAAAGUGCUGAGUAUAUUAUAAGUUUAAGUACUGAAAAUAUUCAAUCUAUAGUAGGAACUACCUUAACUGAGCAGCAUACAUUAAAUACAUGUAAGAAAAUAGAACAAAUUAUUGAAUAUAAUACCCAACAAGAUAGUUUAAAUAAAAUAGAAUUAAAUACUGAAAACACUGAAGCUUCUAAUUAUACAAAACCAAUACUAAGGAGAAGCUUGCGAUUAAACCAACAAGAAGUAGAAGAAACUAUAAAUAAUAAUGAAACUGUUAAAGAUCUUCAAGAAAAAGAAAAACACUUUAAAAAAUCAAAUUUCUCAAAUAGAGCAGAAUUAUGUAUUAAAAAAAAACGUAAAAUAAAGGUCACAGAUCGUAAAGUUCCAGAACAAGCUAUUAACAAUGUAAUGCAGCCCAUUAGGAAGACAUUUAACAAUUCUCGUAGGAAUGCUGAGAAAUUAAUUGUCAGAAAGAAUAAUAAAAGUACAUUGUCUAACAAAGAAAAGGAUGAGCAAACAGUUAAAAUAACAAAUAAAUUAAAAUGUGACAUAUCAGAAGCAACAGAAAUUGAUUCCAUUUUUACACUACCCAAAUUAAAUACAAUAGAACAUAUAAAUCGUGCACUGUGGGGAGAUAUGUCAGAUUUUCCAGAAGACUAUGAAAAUAAGGUGAAUUUAAUGGAAUGUACUCCUAAUACAGAAAUUCCGUUUGCUGUUGGUUUAUUACCUUUACGUACUGCUCUGGAAAAAAUGCAAGCAACACCAGAUUAUCAACCUCGCAAAACUCGUUCAUCGGUAGCACCAAUAAGGCAAGAUAUUGAUAAUCUCAAAAGGAAGAACUGUACUCAUUUAGGUAAAGUUACAGAUUCUAAAAGACAAAAUACCUGCAUUAAUCAUCCAAAAGAAAAUGCAAAAGCAGUUUGUCAUAUUCGGAUUAGAACAGCACCGUCGCAGUACGUACGAAAUCGUAAAAAGUAUCUUUCAACGGAUGUAAAUACACUGGAACCUCCGACUAUUAUCAAUAAACAUUAAUAGCUAUUAAUGUUUAUCAAGAAAUACAUAAGAAUAGUAAUAAAAUUAUAUCCUUAAGUACGAAUAUCAAAGAAAAUAAGAGAACGCGUAAUUCUAUGCAUGUAAUUUUGUAUUUUGAGAACAUAUUUUUAAUAUAAAACUCCUUGUAUAUAUAUAAAAUAUAAAUAUCGAAAAAAAAUAUGCGACGAACUAUGUAAAGUAUGUAAACCAUAUAGUUCCUUGAUUUCAACAAGAAUUCAAGAUAUAUUUUUUUUAUUGUUUGGCCAUAUAAUUUUUAAUUUAUAUUAAAUGCUACUAUACGUGUUAAAUAAUACUGUGAGGGCAAAUUCAAGUUUUUUUCCUUAAUUGAGGAGAGAAAUAUUAAUAUAAAAUAGUAGUAAUAUUUUUGUUUAUUACAUUUUUAUAAAACUUCCUUGUAUAUUUUUUAAAUAAUAUUCAAGAUAAGAUUAUUAAUUAAUGUGUGUUCUAUUUAAUCAACGAUAUGAAAUAAACCUUUUUAUUUGUAAAUGUAUGAAAUGGAGCUGUGUGUUAUACAUUUGGUGCACGUAUAGGGCUACACAUACAUAUAAAAUAUAUUAUGUAUAUACACGCAAUGAUAUAUUUUGUUUCUCAGAUCAUGUAUUUGAAUAUUUAAAUAUCUUAGUUUGUUAUUUUUAAGUAAAACUAUAAUUUACACAAUUUCUUUUUUUCUUUGAGUGUGUGAAAAAUGCAUACAUAUCAUUUAUAUUAACGUGUAUAUCUUAUAAAUAAGAUCUAUUAUGGACAUUUUUAAGAAAUCUUAUAUAUUUCAUAUCAUUGCUAAUCUUAUUCAUUACUACCAUAUUUUGUAAUCCUCUAUAACUAGAAUUUUGCUUCUUCUUGAAAACAAAAAAAGGAGAAUUGUGUUUUAUUAUCAUUUUAUAUUUUGUAAAUUUUGAUAUUUAAUCAUUAAAUUUUGAAUAAAUCAUUUAGCACCUGUAUGAUGACGUACUAACAAAAUGCAAAUCCACAACAGUAAACAAGUAAAAUAAGAUUUAAUAAAAAAAAAUAUAGAUACAUGAGUAUAUAAUUUUUAUAUCAUAUGUUAUAGAGGGUUAAUAUCUUUGUUUAAUGAUAUACUUUAUGAUAUUUUAGUUCUAUGUAAUAAGUAAAUGAAAUCAUAAUAACCCAGUAUAAUAAUUUGUGCUGUAAAAGUAGUAACUAUAAAGCUUCAAAAUUAUAAAAUGUAUAAUAAUCAUAUUAUGUAUGUACUUUACUAUUGUUUAUAGCUCUUAAAUAGCAAUUGUAUCUAAACAAAAUUAUUUGUAUUUAUACAACAUUUACAGUAUUUUGAGAUGUUAGCAGUUGCUGCACAAUGUAACAUAAAUGGAUUGUUUAUUGCAAUAAUAUACAGAUAUUUUUUACAUAAAUUUAUGUAUACAUAUACAAUGAUACAGAAAUAUAUAUAUAUAUUUUUUUCGUAAUAAACAUUUUUGAUGUACA